AUGUCGUUGCUGCCAGUACUGCUGCUCUCGCCAUCGUCGAGUGGCUCGGCCUGCGGCGGCCGACGCUUCUUGUGCAUGUCCCAGCGCUCGGCGGACGACGCGCUGUUUACGAAGGAAGACGUGCUGCCUGACGACGUCGAUGACGAAGCUGGGAUCGCCGCCUUCUUAUGCGCGUCCCAUCGCUCAACGGAGUCGGCCCGGCCGGUCUUGGCCGGCAGAGACGUCGCGCUCUUGCGCGAGGAUCCGCGUCCGGGGCAGCUCCUGAUGCUGUCGGCGGAAGUGGAACGAGGGCUUGAUGAGGCUGAGGAUUCUGUGCUGGCUGACUUGGCCUUGUGCGCGUCCUACUUCUCGUCGGAGUCGGCGCUGCAGGCGUCGGGAGCAGCGCGCGGCAGCAUCUUCCACUUGGGCGGGGUCGGGAGCAGCGCCGGGAGAGCCGCGUCUCGGUGCUCGAUCUGA